AUGCCGGGGCUCCUCCUUUCCACGCUGCUGGGCGCUGCUCUGGUGCAGUUCUGCGGCCAGGCGCAGGGGCGCGCGCCAUUGGCCGCGGCGCCGGAAGCCAGUCCCGGAGGAGAACUAGGAGAACCGGAAGUGCAGCCGCGCAGACAGUUCUGUCACUGGCCCUGUAAAUGCCCCCGUGCGCAGCCCAGCUGCCCUCCGGGAGUGAGCCUGCUGAGGGACGGCUGCGGGUGCUGUAAGAUUUGUGCCAAGCAACCGGGGGACAUCUGCAAUGAAGCCGACCUCUGUGACCCCCACAAAGGGCUCUACUGUGACUACUCAGCCGACAGGCCUCGCUUCGAGACCGGCGUGUGCGCGCACCUUAUAGCUGUGGGAUGCGAGUUCAACAGGGUGCAUUAUCAGAAUGGCCAAGUCUUUCAGCCCAGACCCCUGUUUAGCUGCCUCUGUGUGAGUGGAGCCAUUGGAUGCACACCUUUGUUCAUACCAAAGCUGGAUGACAGUCGCUGCUCUGGCACUAAAGGUAGAAAGAAGUCUGAUCAGUCCAACUGUGGCCUGGGACCCUUCCAAAAGCAGCUUUCAGCAAGCUUCAAAGCAAUGCCAGCUUAUAGGAAUCUCCCACUUGUUUGGAAGAGAAAAUGUCUUGUGCAAGCAACAAAGUGGACCCCUUGCUCCAGAACAUGUGGGAUGGGAAUAUCCGAUCGGGUCACCAAUGAAAAUAGCAACUGUGAAAUGAGGAAAGAGAGAAGACUGUGUUAUAUUCAACCUUGUGACAGUAAUAUAUCAAAGAGAGUAAAGAUCCCCAAAGGAAAAACGUGCCAACCUACUUUCCAACUGCUCAAAGCUGAAAAAUUCGUCUUUUCUGGAUGCUCAAGCACUCAGAGUUAUAAACCCACUUUCUGUGGAGUAUGCUUGGAUAAGAGAUGCUGUAUCCCUAAUAAGUCUAAAAUGAUUACCAUUCAAUUUGAUUGCCCAAACGAAGGGUCAUUUAAGUGGAAGAUGCUGUGGAUUACAUCUUGCGUAUGUCAAAGGAACUGCAGAGAGCCAGGAGAUAUAUUUUCUGAGCUCAAGAUCCUAUAAAACCUAUUAUAUAUGGGAAAAGUUAAGUUUAGGUAAUCAUGUCAUUACAUAAGGAAAUUAGAGUGGUUUUAAGAGGGUGGCACAUCUACCUUACUGAUUUAAAAAAGGGAAGAAUACUUACCUAUUCUCAGAUGACUCUAUUUAAGGCAUUAGAGGCUAUUUAAAAUGUUCUCUUAAAAAUAUAUGUAAAACUUGGUUAGCUCUUUCUGCUCAUAGGUCUUGUCCCUCUGCUUUAAUAAAAGCUUUUUUGCACCAAAAAUAUCUAUAUAUGUAUAUAUGUAUGUAUAUAUAUAGCUUAAAAUUCUUAAAAGUGAACUCUUGUUUAAAAUGUGUAAUUAUGAAAUACACAGAUAGUUGCUUCCAUCUCCAUAUUCCAUACAUAAUGGAAAAAUUAUACAAUUUACAAGAAAGCAUUUUAUUCUAUAAAAUAAUCUAAAAU